AUGUGGAACGCGAAUACGGAAAAUAGUGAAGAUUGCCUUUAUUCGAAUAUUUGGGCACCAGCUAAUGCCAAGUAUGUGAUACUGUUGGGACAUCUUUUCAUUCAGAAUUCUGUGCACACCUUCACUUACCAAGAAACUCUGAAGUUGGCUCUUGAAUGCCUGUUGAACGGUUUCACUUGCAGUAAUCUGCCGGUAAUGAUUUGGGUGUAUGGUGGAGGAUUCUUUUACGGUAGUCCAUCGUUGAUAUUGUACGACGGUAAAGCAUUGGCGUUGACUGGCAACGUGGUUGUUGUGAACAUAAAUUAUCGCGUUGGUCCAUUCGGAUUUCUGUAUCUCGGCAAUGAGGGAGCACCUGGUAAUAUGGGCCUACUUGACCAGCAAAUGGCCAUCAAAUGGGUACGUGAUAACAUCGCGAAUUUCGGUGGCGAUCCUUCAAAGAUCACGCUAUUCGGAGAAUCAGCAGGAGCUGCCUCAAUAGUCGCUCAAAUGAUAGCACCAGAUAGUCAGGGUCUAUUCAAGAACGUAAUUCUUCAAUCCGGAACACUCACUAACAAAUGGGCUAUGAACUCGCCGGCAAGAGCUUUAGAAAAGUCUCAUGAUUUAGUCAAACGCAGUAAAUGUGAAAAAGAUGUGGUAUCAGAAACAGUCGAAUGCUUGCGAGCGUUAACAUCCGAACAAGUAAUUGACGCAGAGAUGUGGAACAUCGUCACUUUUAUGGAAUUCCCGUUUGUUCCGGUAUCCAAAGACCCUAACUUCUUCAAAGAAAAGGAUGGCUUUGUGGCACUUCAAACUGGUGAUUAUGACAAAACUAUCAAUAUUCUGGCUGGAUUCAAUCGCGAUGAAGGAAAUUUCUGGGCUAUCUACAACUUCGUAGAUGAUUUUUACAAGCCGGAAAAACCAGAAUUGACUUGGAAAAGGUUUCAACAACAUUCAUUGCACAAAGGCAGGUUAGAUGUUGUUGUUUUGCAGCUAAACCAAGUGAUUGGUGAUUACUUCUUCACGUGCGAUCUUCUUUGGCUAACUGAUCAAAUGAAAAACGGUCCAGGACAAGUGUACGUGUACUAUUUCACUCAACCGAGCAGGUGA